AAAAAAAAACAAUAUUACAAAAGAUGCAGCACAUUGUAAUCAAUCAUGUUGAUCCAUCCUAGAUUUCCCUCGUCUUUUUCAUCCAUUUUUUUCAAACCUUUUCUCCUAAAUUUCCUUUCCUUUCAGUAAAUAAAUAUUAGCGUCAAAAACCCGGAAAUUUUGGAAAUCAUCAGAGGACCGAACUGCAUAGCAUUUGCCUUCGAUGAAUUUCUAAUUAGGGGAAGAACAACCACGACAGGAAAAAAGAGGGAGGGAGAGAGAAAUCCCAAAAACCCAUUUUUUUCCUUCGAUUUUGUUAAUACCCAGAAAAAAAGGAGCAAAACCCAGAAAAAAUUUAGAGAAAAAGCUUAGAAAUUUGAAGAGAAACUAUGAGAUAGAGAAAAGGGUAAAGAAAAAAGAAUGAUUCGAAGUCAGGUUUCACGUUAGUUUUGGGCAAACAGGUGAAAGAUGCAGAGAGAGGGGGAGAAUGACCACGAAGAAGAGCAGUCAGGUUCAUUGUGUUCCUCCCGCUGAUCAUCAUAUUGAUAUGUCGGCUUCCACCUCCAAAUCCAUCUCCCAAAUCAGAGCCUACAAAGUCUGGAAGGGUAACAAUAAGUUCUGCUGUAAAGGGAUGCUAAUCUUCGGUCCCGACGUGUCAUCUCUGUUUCUAACCUCAUUCUUGAUCGGAGCUCCUGCAUUUGCAUUCUGCAUUAGGAUGCUUGUACGGAUCAGAAAUGGCGACCCGUGGUUCAAUUAUCCUGUCCUGGCCUGUGGAUUUGUCCUCACUUUCUUGGACUUUACAUUUCUCUUGCUAACGUCGGCUAGAGAUCCCGGAAUCAUCCCGAGGAAUAAACAGCUGCCGACUAUGGAUGAGGAUGGCAGUUCAGAUGGUUAUAUGACCCAAUCCAUGGAAUGGGUGAACUGCAAAACACCGAAUCUCAUGAUACCGAAGACAAAAGACGUGUUGGUGAAUGGGUACACGAUCAAACUCAAAUUCUGCGAGACUUGCUUGUUGUACCGUCCACCUCGGGCAUCUCACUGCUCCAUCUGCAACAACUGUGUCCAACGCUUUGAUCACCACUGUCCUUGGGUUGGACAGUGUAUUGCUGUACGUAAUUACCCGUUCUUCAUCUGUUUCGUAUCAUCCUCGACAUUGCUUUGUAUAUAUGUGUUCGUAUUCUCGUGGUUCAAUCUGCUCCGGCAACCAGGCAGACUAUGGCAGGUCCUAGCCCAUGAUAUGAUCUCCGUCAUUCUCAUUGUCUAUACCUUCGUCGCUGUCUGGUUCGUCGGUGGCCUUACAGUUUUCCAUUUUUAUCUGAUCUCCACAAACCAGACAACGUUAGAGAAUUUCCGGUACCGGUAUGAUAGGAGGGAGAAUCCCUACAAGAGAGGGCUACUGAGGAAUCUGAAGGAAGUCUUGUUCACCAAGAUCCCACCUUCACAGAUAAAUUUCCGAGCAUGGGUUCCAGAUGAUGACGAUAUUGCAACAGGCUCCGUCAUGUCUGAAUUCGACUCGGACGUUAGCACAAACGGGAAAUAUGAUAUUGAAAUGGGAGUGUUUAGCAAAGGCGAAAAUAUGAAGAACCAUGAAUCAUGAUGACAGGUUGAAGAAGGUUGGAGAUGAUUCUCCCUGAUCCAUCUUUCUCUCGUCCCAGCCGGAAAACUGCACAAGCAUUUACCUUGGAGAAUGAUCUCUCAAACUGCAUCACCUGUUUUAUGUAACUAGUUCAUUCUGAUAUGUACAGAAGAAUUACAGAAAAAAUUGUUCAGAGCUCACUGUCAUGGUCUGGUCUCCUCCGAGUUUGAACCAAACGAUUCAGAUCACAUGCAAGAACACUGGGGAGAGAUGAGAUGAACUCAGCAAAUGGUUGAUUAGAACAUACCAAAAGGUAAAACGUGAUGCUUCCAUUGAUCAUCUUUAUUUCCCCGUGGAUGAGAGAGUAAUCGUUACAGACAAUAUAGAGACUCUUACGAAAUCGAAACAACAGUUUGGGGGA